UUAGCAGAUUCAAUCCACAUUUGUAGUAUAUUUAACUAUUUAAAAAGUCUUCUCCCAUGCAGUAACAAUGCCAAAUCCAAAUGUGGCAGCAUUCUAUAUGCAAGUUCCAGUGAAAUGAAUUCUUGGAGCACCAUCUCAACUUUAUUUGUACUGUAACUGCAUUUACCAUCCCAAUCCAGGCCAACACCUCAUUUUUCUAUCUUUCAAAACCUACCACUAAUGAUGCUGAAUUUAAUCAUUGUGCCAACCCAUUUAUCCACCUAGAAAAUGAGAGUGGGUUUUCCUGAAUAUGUAAGUGACUGAAAAACCUCUGGGUCACUUAAGACCAGAUAUUAAUGGUAUUUAUGUGUAAGUAUCAAGACAGAUACCUCAUGGGAUUUCCACAACACCUACUUCCCUCUGAACCCUCAUGCUCUUACCUUUCUUAUAUAGGCUAUUAAAAAGUUUAAUCAACAUGUGACUGAAGUACUUUGUGUAGUGUUUUGUCCUUCAGAAAGACCCACGUAGCCCAGAAACAUUUUUAUUCAAACCUCCUGAAUGAGUCAAGAAGUUGGGAAUGCUGAUGAUUAAUUCUUCAGGAUAUGAAAGAGGCUGCUAACUCUUUUCCCAUAAGCACCCCAACAGUGCUUGAAUUAUAGAAACUAUAUUAUCUCCCACAUCCUCCUUUCUAAAAACAUAUGCACCGUAAAUAAUGUUCUGGGACAAGUAGUAAUAGGAAACAUUAUUUAUUCUUCAAAUAUUUCACAUCAGUUUCUAUCAUGCCCACGAUAGGCAAGAGUUCUGAAAACUAGGAAUAUUUUAGCAUGCCAUCAGAGUAAUUGGGAAGGUGGGAUGAACUCAGGCAGGGUUAAAAAGUGACUUUGCUCCAGUUUCUGUUUCUCUGUUUCACUUUUUUGUUAAUAUCAACAAAAAUAAUAAAUGAGCUUUUUCCAAACUCUCUUUUUGCUGAAGCUUAGCAUGUUAUUAACUCUUGACUUUGUACGUUUACUGUAAAACUGAUAUGUCCAAAACAAAAGUUGCUCAUAUUUACUGUCUUCUGCAGCUACCAGAACUGAAGCUACGUAGCAGUACUCACACUGCUGUGUUACGGUCAUCAACUGUACGGUAUGAACUCUUGGCAGCAGCUCGUGUAUAUUCACUUGCAAUCAGCAUUAAUACAGAACUUAGAGGAGAUGUUUAUUACUUUCAAAGCAUUCCCCUCCACCGUAACACUACCACUAAGGGGAUCUGAAGAGCUGGGUGUAGAAUAGAUUUGUAGCUACAUCAUUUAAGCACUAGUUUUAGUGACAGCUUCAAAUGGCAGCAUUUGAUAACUACGUACAGAGGUGCGAACUGCAUGCUUUUAGAAAGAAUUCGUUUUCACGCUUGUCUAGCAAACCACUAAUACCUAAUUCAUAAAAUAUGCCAAAAAUCCUAACAGAUUGAAACUCGUUUCAGGAGCAAAAAUAAAAGCCGUUUUGAGCCCUUGGUAAGAUGGUUUCUUUAGGGCAGUUAAACUUCUGCAGGUAUGUUUGAAACUAUAUUGCCACCUGCUGUCUCGAGCUGAAAUCAGGAGGCAAUUCUUUUGCCCCCCAAAAAGAAAGAUUGAAAGAUUUUCACUGGAAGGUUAGGAAUAUGAAUGCUGACUCUAUUGUCCGGGAGAAAGAAAGAAAAAGAGGACUAGUAAUAAAAUAAAAUAGUAAGUUGCAACGUGGAACGCUUCAGAAAUUGCUGUUCCGAAGCAGUACACGAGGAGACAGAAGGCGCUCCCUCUCCCUCCCUCGCUCUCCCUCCCCAGCCGCUCCCCGCCGCAGACUCCAUCCCCCACAAGGCGCCGCUCCGCCCGGCCCCGCAGUGUGCGCGCAGCCCGUUGGCGAAGCGGGGCCCGGCGGAAGCCUAUCGCCUCCCGACUCCUUGCGCGGGGCCGGCAACCGCCGUACACACGGCACGAGCCCGGCGGCCCCUCAGGCUCCGCCGGCGGCCCGGUCGGGCCAUGAACCUGGGAGAUGGGCUGAAGCUUGAAACUGAAGUGCUGGACGGGAAGCCGAGGCUGAUUUUAGCCGCUUCUGAUAAAGCAAAGCCUGCAAUGAAGAUGGGAAAUAAAGCCAGAGUGCCUAAACAGACUUUGAGAAUAAGGCACACUGGGCAUAUGCUGAGGUCAACACAAAAUGCUUGUAUUAAUCAGGAAAACUUAGCAAAAUCAAGGAGUGGAUCGAGCUUAUCAAUGUCAAAAGGUGAAAGAGUGCAAGUAACUAAACCUUCCUCACGUGAAGCCACAACUAAAGAUCACUCUUUGAUUUUCCAAAGAGACACCACAAACAGGAAGCCCAGUUCUGAGAAUCUUGAUGUUCAAGAAAGUAAACACGAACCUCAAAAUACAUGUAUAUCAGCUGAAGACUUAAGAAGUUCGGUGUGUUUAACACAAGAACAGCUUCAGCAGAUUUUGAUGAUUGUAAAAGGAGAAACUAGGCAUAUAUCUGAGACUCCCAGUGAAAAGCAAGAGGAAAUGGGCACUAAUGAGGCAUCAGAGGAAACCAUUGUAGCACUGCUCCAAAACACUUGUGAAAUUUCAUCUGUUCCAGAUGAGCCUAACUCUAAUUCAAGCAGGAAAGAAGAGUCAUAUCCACAACCAAGAGAGAAAGUUAUAAAGGAGUCCUGGAAACCCGCUGACAUGUUUAGUAGCUUGGGUGAAAGAGAAGGAGAGAAAGCCUUAUUAGAAUCAAAAAAGAGCCAAUGGAGGAAGGAACUAGAUGAACAGGUAGCACUGAAGAAGAAACUGAAAGAAACUUUGGAAGGAGAUGUGGUUUAUUUAGGGGCAAAAUCUGGCAAUGAUAAAAACCAUACAGAAAAAAUGGAAACAGCUGACCCAGAUAAGGAAGUUGUGCUACAGGAACGACCUUUGAGUGCUUUGAAGCAUGAGCAACAGAAGAAGUGGCUUGAAGAGCUGGACAAACAGAAGGAAGAAGCUAAGCUACGAAAAAUAGAAGAAAAAAUGAAUUUAUCAAAGGCUGAAGAGCAUGACAGAUGGGCAAUGCAUUUUGAUUCUUUAAAGAACCACCUUAAUACUAACGCACAACACCCCUUAAAUGGAAUGUACAAAAAGCAGCCUGAAAGUCUUUGCCUGUCACCUGACCCUAAGGAGCUGACUGCUUUUGUUCACCCUUUCUCACCUGCAGCUUUAGGCAACUUCAUGCCCUCAAAAGUGGGAAAUGCAGAAAAAGGUGCUAAAAACAAUGCUUUGGAUCACAGUCAGAAAACCAGCUUCCUUCGUUCAAUGACAGCUCUCCUGGAUCCUGCACAGAUUGAAGAGAGAGACAGACGGCGGCAGAAGCAGUUAGAACAUCAGAAAGCAAUAAUGGCUCAGGUAGAAGAAAAACGGAAGAAGAAACAACUGGAAGAAGAGAAGAGAAAAUUGGAGGAACAAGAGGAAGAACAGCGCCUAGCACGAGAAAAAGAACUGAUGCAGAAACAGUUUGAAGAAGAUCUGCUUAAACAAAAACAAAAGGAGGAACUUGUGAUUCUGAAAACAAAUGAGCUCUAUCAGACAAUGCAGAAAGCUCAAGAAUUAGCACAGAGAUUAAAACAGGAACAGCGCAUCCAGGAUUUGGCUCAGAGGGGACAUGACAUUUCAAAGCUUAAGAAGAAUCUUGGUGGAGGUGGCAGUGAAUUUGAAAACUGUAAUACUGAUGCUUCACAUCAAAGUCAUAAUUUCUCUGCUGACAUGAACAUUGAUCAGCAGACUUCUCGGAAAGACACUGCUGUACAGACAGAUGACUAUACUUCUUCAGCAUGCAUUGAUACAGCUGAGGAAAGAACUUCAUGUUGCGGGUCACCGGAUAUUUCCAUAGAAUAUAAAGAAAGUUCUAACAGCAAAAAAUACCAGAAAGAAAUGCAGUAUACAGAUAAAAACAGAAUUUCAGGACAAGAGAAUGGUGACAUCCACAGAGAGCUGUAUGAACAGUAUGCAAGAAAAGAAAGACAAAUUAAACCUUCAGAAAAACCUGGCAAAAGACCUGACUGGAACAUAAACAAGCCUGAGAAAAGAUACAUUCCAGCAUCAGAAAGAUACCCCAAACCACUGCAAAAACAAAGGGAAGAAAAUAAAGCAAGACGACAAAUGGAGCUGCUUCAGUUGGUAGAAAGAAAUACCCCUGGGAAUCUCUACCAAAAAAAGGGUUGUUGUUCAGAUAGGUCUCCUUCACCUCAUGAAGAACUGAAGAAUAAGGGACACAGAAUCAGAAAGGAAGAACAACUCUGUAAGAAUCAUUUGAAUGAAGAAAGAUCUGACUCACCACCUGUUCCAGCAGUUAAGAAUAGAUUACAAGUACAACAAAAACAGAUAUGCACCAGGAAAUUGGAAGUAUAUAAUAAUAGUAGAAGAGAGAAAAAUACCAAGCCAGAUACACAGCAGAAGAGCUUCCCUCCUGCGGUUCCAGAAGCUGGAAGGCCUCCUUCUUCACAGUUCAUUCCGUAUGUUCGAACAAACGAAGUGUACUAUCUCGAUCCAGAUGCACCAGUGACCAGACCUUCAACACACGACCCACAGUAUCGACAGUUUAAUGAUUCUUACCAAGUGCCACGACAGAUUUUCAGCUCUGAUCACACUAGAGAUCCUCUUCUAAAUCCUGAUGUAGUUAAAAUCAGAGAGAGACAACAAGCAAUUUUAAAAGGACUGUCAGAACUACGGCAGGGCCUCCUGCAGAAGCAAAAGGAGUUGGAGUCAGGUCUAAUUCCUGUUAAAACUCAAGAAGAGAACUUUAUUUCACCAUUUUGAAAGGUACUUAAGACUGUAAUGAAUUAUUUAAAUGUAGAAGGACAGCAUUUUGCUACUGUAAUUGUGAACCAUCUAUAUUAUUUUUAUUAAAUAAAUUAUUAUGCAAUUUUUGAUAGGAUUACAGGAUCACAUUACUUUUCAGAAUGAAAAUUAAUUUAACUACAUUUUCAGAAUAGUCCUUGUGCUGCCUGAAGACAUAUCCACUUAGUAGACACCAAAAGACUGUAAAAAAUUGCUACAUGGAUUUUUGUGGUACUGUGUUUGUUUUUUUAAAAAAUAAAUAAGAUUUACAAUUCAUUGUGAAUGGCUUUAAGAGAGGGGGUAGAUAUUUUUAAAUAUAGGAGACUGAUUGUACGUUAUUAUUAAGACAGGUGUAAACUUGGGCCUAAACCUGUCAGAUUUACCACUGCAGAAAUGCUGUCUCACACCCCAACUGAAAGAGGAUAGUGACACUUAACAUGGUAAUGGACUGAGUCCGUGACAGCAGAAUUCAGUUUAAAGAAGUCAACUUAAAAACAAAGGUCUGAACAGCUCAACAUUGAAUGCUUCCUGCUGGAAUUAAACAUUAGAUUCAUUUCCUUUUGGGCUUCAAGAUAUAGGAUAAUUUGAGGUAGAAGUAUUUUCUGCAGAAGGUGCCUAAUCUGAAUUCAUUUUAGUUGAGAUACAUGAUAAAAUACCACAAAACCCCCAAACUGAGUUUUUUCCAGCAGCAACUGUUCUAAGAAAUAAACAGAAUAUGAAAGGUAUCUUACCAGCAGCAGCUAAGGGAAUGAAAGCAGACUCUGUCCUCUCCAGUUGCAUGCCAAGUCCCAUACUACGUGAGCCCACACUUAAUGAUGGACUUGCUAGAAUGGUCUUUCACAAAAUCCAUUCACAGUUUGUUGAUAAAGAGAUAAGAGUACUUACCAUGUAAGUGGUAAGGGGCAGUGGUAACAGCUAUACCAGUCUUGUCACGGUUUGUCCUUAAUUUAAAGAAGUGAAUGAAACAAGCAUUCAUACCCAAGAGUGAAUGGUGUUUUCUUUUUAAAGCCUAUGAUUUUUGACCAAUUCUAUACAUUCCAACUAACUUUGAGUUUACAGUUAUUUAGUUUCAAACACUAUUACCCAUUUCUAAACCACCCAUCAUUCAAACACUAAGACCAAAUUACAAAACAGCAAAGAAAUGCCGUUUUAGACAACUUGAAAACAAGAACAGUGAACAUAAAAGUCAGCACAUUAGCAUAUGUAAAAACACAAAUUGUAUCAAGGGUAGCACUGAGACACCCCAGCUGUGUACCUUCAAGUUACUGUUAUCCAGCAGCCUUAGUGAGAUGAUGCAUGAGCUGAGUCA